GCCGAUGUGCGGCCCGCGAGGGGCCGGGGUCGGGGCCGCCGGGGCCAUGCGCGCGGACUGGGCAGGGGGCCGGCGGGACGCAGAGCGGAGCCGCCUCGGAGCCUGAGCCUCCCGGGGCCGGGGCCGGGGAGCCGCGCGGGGCCGGCCGGCCGGGGGGGAGGGGAGCGAUGCGGCGCCGGCGGGCGGCGGUAGCCGCGGGUUUCUGCGCCUCCUUCCUGCUGGGCUCCGUCCUCAACGUGCUCUUCGCACCGGGGUCGGAGCCUCCGCGGCCAGGCCAGUCCCCCGGGCCGUCGCCAGCCCCGGGCCCGGGCCGUCGCGGGGGCCGCGGGGAACUGGCCCGGCAGAUCCGAGCGCGCUACGAGGAGGUGCAGCGCUAUUCCCGCGGGGGCCCGGGGCCCGGGGCCGGCCGGCCGGAGCGGCGGCGCCUGAUGGACCUGGCUCCGGGCGGGCCGGGCCUGCAGCGUCCCCGGCCCCCGCGGGCCCGGCCCCUGCCCGACGGCGCCCCGGGCUGGCCCCCGGCUCCCGGCCCGGGCUCCUCCGGCUCGGGCCCGCGCCUGGGCUGCGCCGCGCUCCGCAACGUGUCCGGCGCACAGUACGUGGGCUCAGGCUACACCAAGGCCGUGUACCGGGUCCGCCUGCCCGGCGGCGCCGCGGUGGCGCUCAAGGCGGUGGACUUCAGCGGCCACGAUCUGGGCAGCUGCGUGCGCGAGUUCGGGGCACGGAGGGGCUGCUAUCGGCUGGCGGCCCACAAGCUGCUCAAGGAGAUGGUGCUGCUGGAGCGGCUGCGGCACCCCAACGUGCUGCAGCUCUAUGGCUACUGCUACCAGGACAGCGAGGACAUCCCAGACACCCUGACUACCAUCACGGAGCUGGGUGCCCCUGUGGAGAUGAUCCAGCUGCUGCAGACUUCCUGGGAGGACCGUUUCCGAAUCUGCCUGAGCCUGGGCCGCCUCCUCCACCACCUGGCCCACUCCCCGCUGGGCUCCGUCACUCUGCUGGACUUCCGCCCCCGACAGUUUGUGCUGGUGGAUGGGGAGCUGAAGGUAACGGAUCUGGACGACGCACGCGUGGAGGAGACACCAUGUACAAGCAGCACAGACUGCAUACUGGAGUUUCCAGCCAGGAACUUCACCCUGCCCUGCUCAGCCCAGGGCUGGUGCGAGGGCAUGAAUGAGAAGCGCAACCUCUACAAUGCCUACAGGUUUUUCUUCACAUACCUCCUGCCCCACAGUGCCCCACCCUCACUACGACCUCUGCUGGACAGCAUUGUCAAUGCCACAGGAGAGCUCACCUGGGGAGUAGACGAGACUCUGGCCCAGCUGGAGAAAGUGCUACACCUAUACCAGAGCGGGCAGUACCUGCAGAAUGCCACGGCAGGCGGCAGAGCGGAGUACCAGCGCCUCCCAGGCAGCACCAUCCCCCAGGAAGACUACCGCUGCUGGCCCUCCUAUCACCACGGAAGCUGUCUCCUUUCAGUGUUCAACGUGGCUGAGGCCGUGGACGUCUGUGAGAGCCAUGCCCAGUGCCAGGCCUUUGUGGUCACCAACCAGACCACCUGGACAGGUGAGCCAGUGGGAAAGGACACCCGGAGGGAGGUGACUGGAGCUCCCUGGAAGAAACUGACAGGUAGCGGUCCCCCAUCAGAAGCCAGGUUUGAUGAGAAGACGAGAAGGCCGAGAUGAUGAGGGACAAGUAUAUGUGUCCUCUGGGCAGUCACAUUAGGGAGACUGGCCCCGCCUCCAGGGAGAGAAACAGUCCUGUUACGUCUCACCUCUGCCCCCAGGUCGGCAGCUGGUAUUUUUCAAGACAGGAUGGAGCCACGUGGUCCCCGAUCCCAACAAGACCACAUAUGUGAGGGCCUCGCUGACCUGAGGGCCCAGCUGGCGGCAGAGCAGCCCCGCCAGCUGGGCUCGCCUGUGGAGGGAGGGAGUGACUUUCAUAUGUCACCUGCAAAGCCCUGCAGACGAGGCUGACACCCCCCAGUGAGGCGACCAGGACAACGUGCAAUAAUGCCAAAUGUUAAAAUGUGAGUUUACCGGUCUAGGUAUGGGACUGCUGGCCCCAGGCCAGGAAUCACAGGGGGCUGACCGGCUCUGCAACCCUCUGGGCUGCCAGCGAGGCUCAGGCUGGUGUCCCCGUGGGGGCCUCUGCCCCUCGCUGGGACAGUUCUGUGGGCAGCCCCAUCACUGUGUUCAUGGUGUGAGAAUGUAGCCAGAGCCCCUGCUGCUGCUGCUGCUGCUGCUGCUGCUGCUGCUGCUGCUGCCCGCCGCAAUCUGGCAGGGGCUGCGUGGGGACAAUCGGUCAGGGGGUGUUCUCUCAGCCGAGCUCCGGAUGGCGAUGCUCUGGGAUGUGGGAAACUCCGUACCUGGGGAGGCCGCCUCCGGCCACUCUACCGGGGGCACCCGCAGGCCAGCGCAGGGGCGGGGACAGAGGAGCACACACAUGGUAUGAGCCAAGACACGGGGUCAAGGAGCAGGUUGCGGUUUGAGCCAGGACCUGGGGUGGGGGUGGGGCCGGGGCCUUUCUGCCUCAUUUGCUUUCAGUGAAAGCCGCCAAGCAGCCAAAACCAGCCUCUCCCCCCUCCUGGAGUUUGUAUAUCCAGAAGCUUUUGUAUUUCUUGUUCGUUAAAAUGUUUAUUUUUGUAAAAAAAAGAAAAAAAAAGAAGGAAAGAAAAAGGAAAAAAAUCAGUCAAUUAAUAAAUGACGUCUCCUGG